AUGACACAGCUAAAAGCGCAUGAGGAGCACCAAUACCUCGAUCUCGUCCGCGAGAUUCUAGAAGAUGGAGAACAUAGACCAGACCGCACCGGCACCGGCACCGUCUCAAUAUUCGCCCCUCGACCGCUCAAGUUCUCCCUCAACAAGGACGGCGUGCCCAUCCUCCCGCUCCUGACCACGAAGCGCGUGUUCCUGCGCGCCGUCGUCGCCGAGCUCCUGUGGUUCGUCGCCGGCAGCACCUCGUCGCUGCCGCUCAGCGCCGCGGGCGUCAAGAUCUGGGACGGCAACGGCUCGCGCGAGUACCUCGACAGCGUGGGGCUCGCGCACCGCGCCGUCGGCGACCUCGGCCCCGUGUACGGCUUCCAGUGGCGGCACUUUGGCGCCGAGUACGUCGACGCGACGACCGACUACACCGGGCAGGGCGUGGACCAGCUCGCGGACGUCAUCGACAAGCUCAAGAACAAGCCGCACGACCGGCGCAUCGUCCUGUCGGCGUGGAACCCAAAGGACCUGAAGCUGAUGGCGCUGCCGCCGUGCCACAUGUUUGCGCAGUUUUACGUGUCGUAUCCGGGCGGCGGUGACGGGGACCGCGCGAAGAAGGGCCACUUGCACUGCCAGCUGUACCAGCGCAGCUGCGACAUGGGGCUCGGGGUGCCGUUCAAUAUCGCGAGCUACGCGCUGCUGACGCACAUGCUCGCGCACGUGUGCGACCUGGUGCCGGGGUCGUUUACGCAGGUCAUGGGCGACGCGCAUGUGUAUAAAGACCAUGUGGAGGCGUUGCGGGUGCAGCUGGAGCGCGAGCCGAGAGAGUUUCCGACGCUGGAGAUUGCGAGGGAGCAGGGCGGGAGUAUUGAUGGCUGGAAGGCGGAGGACUUUGUGGUCAAGGGGUAUGAUCCGCACAAGACAAUUGCGAUGAAGAUGUCGGUCUAG